UACAUCUUGUUCCAUGGUAGCGUCAAUCUCAUUUAGCGAGUUUGUAGAACAUCGUUAAUAGUUAAUUGAAAAUAGUUAUUGAAUUUGUCAUAAAACUAUUAUUUUGAAUAUUAGAAACGUCUUAAGGUAUACCCAAAUGUCUGAAUCAGAUCUUUUAGCUACCGAUCAUAUUGAUGGUCUAGAUGGACUAGAAAAUGGUCAAGAUGGAGAUGCUAUUAUGCAGUGUGAUGGUGUAAAACGUGAAUUAAAUGAAGCAAAUAUUGAUGAUCCGGAAUUGGAAGCUAUCAAAGCACGUGUUAGAGAAAUGGAAGAGGAAGCAGAAAAAUUAAAACAAUUGCAAUCUGAAGUGGACAAACAAAUGAACAUGGGUAGUCCACCUGGGAUAACUAGUCCAUUAAAUAUGUCACUUGAAGAUAAAAGAGAGGUUGAUAAUAGGUCUAUUUAUGUGGGUAAUGUGGAUUAUGGAGCUACAGCAGAAGAAUUAGAGCAACACUUUCAUGGUUGUGGUAGUGUUAACAGAGUAACAAUAUUGUGCAAUAAAUUUGAUGGGCAUCCCAAAGGGUUUGCAUAUAUAGAAUUUGCAGAACGUGAUUCUGUACAAACUGCUAUGGCUAUGGAUGAAUCUAUGUUCAGAGGGCGGCAAAUUAAAGUAAUGCCCAAAAGAACAAACAGACCAGGAUUGUCAGUGACAAAUAGAGGACCGCGGGGAACACGAGGAUAUCGUGGCGUAGCUAGGGGGAUUAUACGCGGUAGUGCAUACUUUGGAUAUAGACCUACAAGGCGACCUAGAUUGUAAAUUUUGUUCUGCUGCAGGAGUUAUAAACGAGGUUACUACAUGCCGUAUUGACCGUUUUAAAUCAUUUUACUGCAAUUUUACAAAUUAAG